CAGGUCGGACACCCUGCGGGCUGAGGUAGGAUUGUUCAAACUACCUGUCGGAGCCGAGAACAGUAGGGAAUGUGUGGAAAAGAAGCGCGCUUCGCUCGAAACCGAAACGUUGGUUUUCACUUUCUUCAAAGACAUUAAUGUCAGAGGAAGGCGGCGGGGCUGUUUUCUUCUUCUUGGAUAAAUAAUUAACCGCUAACUCCAGCGCGUGCAGGCUACAGAACAAAACAAAACAAGAACAGCCAAGCUAAGUCAGUGAGCUGAGGCGAGCAGGAGAGCGUGACCAGAGAGGCAAAAACACCCACUGGUGUUUUAAAUUAUUAUUUGUUGGCUUUUAUUUUCAUUUGAAACACUUUGAUGUCAUUUGAAGCGCUUCGCUGUCAUCAUGCUGGGAGCGGAGAGCAGACUGGAGAGCCGGCUGGAGAGGCUGAAGUCCAUAAUGAAGAAUCCCCAGUCGGAACUUAACAUGGCAACCCUGCUGGAUUCCAUCAAUGCCUUGACUCAUGAUCUGAACUAUCCUGUCCUGAGAAAAAACAAAAACAUUGAGGCUUUUGUGAACAGAUUUGAAAAGGUGGUGAAUGAGCUGCGAGAGCUGCAGGUGAAGCUUGAAGACUUUGAAAAAGUGAAGUUAAUCGGAAGAGGAGCCUAUGGAGAAGUGCAGCUGGUUCGUCACAAGGCCUCGAAAAAGGUUUACGCUAUGAAGCAGCUCAGCAAGUUUGAGAUGAUCAAGAGGUCAGAUUCAGCCUUCUUCUGGGAGGAGAGGCACAUCAUGGCGUUUAACAACAGUCCCUGGAUCGUCCAGCUCUGCUGUGCUUUCCAAGACGAUCACCACCUCUAUAUGGUGAUGGAGUUCAUGCCUGGAGGAGACUUGGUCACACUCACCAUAAACUAUGACAUCCCUGAGAAGUGGGCUCGUUUCUACACGGCUGAAGUCGUGCUGGCGCUGGACGCUAUCCACUCCAUGGGCUUCAUCCACCGUGAUGUUAAACCUGACAACAUGCUGCUGGACCAAAACGGACACCUCAAACUGGCCGACUUCGGCACAUGCUUGAGGAUGGACUCGACAGGUAUGGUGAACUGUGACACUGCUGUAGGCACACCAGACUACAUCUCCCCUGAGGUGCUUCAGUCUCAGGGUGGUGAUGGAAACUACGGCAGGGAGUGUGACUGGUGGUCUGUGGGAGUUUUUAUCUACGAGAUGCUGGUUGGUGAAACUCCAUUUUAUGCCGAGUCUCUCAUCGGGACUUAUGGGAAGAUCAUGAACCACCAGAACUCCCUCAGCUUUCCUGAUGAUAUGGAGAUGUCUCCUGAUGCCAAAAAUCUCAUCUGUGCCUUUCUGACUGACAGGACGGUUCGACUGGGCCGCACCGGUGUGGAUGAGAUCAAACAUCACCCCUUCUUCAAGAGCGACCAGUGGACUUUUGACAACAUCCGUGACACUGUGGCCCCAGUUGUGCCGGAGCUUCACAGUGACAUAGACACAAGUAAUUUUGACGACGUCGAGGUGGAAAAAGGCGAUGCGGAGACCUUUCCUCCACCCAAAGCCUUUGUGGGCAACCAGCUACCUUUUAUUGGCUUCACCUAUUUCAAAGAAGACCAGUUGCUGAAAGGAAUUAGCAGCAGCUCAGUGGAGGAUUUGAACAACUGUACGGAAAUCUCUAAAGACAAGCAGAUCUCGUUGGACGAUCAGAAAGAGCUGCAGAAGAAGAUUAAUCAGCUGGAGGAACAGCUAGAUAAUGAAAUGCAGGCCAAAGAUGAUCUGGAGCAAAAGUGCAAAAAUGCUACCAACCGUUUAGACAAGCUGGUCAAAGAACUGGACAAAGAGAUGAACAGCAGGCAGAAAGUGGAGGCCUCGCUGAGGCAGCUGGAGCGAGAGCGAGCGCUGCUGCAGCAUCAGAGUACAGAGAGUGUCCGCAAAGCCGAUAUCGAAGUGGACAGAAAGCGCAUCUUGGAGAAUGAAUUGAACAACCUGAGGGACCAGCUGGAGGAUUUGAAAAAGAGAAACCAGCAGUCUAAUGAGAAGAACAUGCAGCUUCAGAAACAGCUCGAAGAGGCCAACGCCAUGCAUCAGAACGAGCAGGAAGUGGCGUCGCGGCUGAAGAAGUGUCAGGCCGAGGCUCAGAAACAAACACAGAGCCUCGAAGUUAGCCUCAGGGAGACGGAGGAAAAAUACAACCAGCUGAACAACAGCAAGAUGGAGCAGGAGAAGCAGCUGAGGGAGCUGCAGGCUGAGCUGGAGGAGGCGAGAAGGGACCGAAACUACGGGACAGAAACGAUUACAGACCUGCAGGGACAAAUUUCUAGUCUGCAGGACGAGCUGAAGGAGGGAAAAUCUGCUCUGUCCAAAGUCCAAACUGAAAAGGAGGAGCUGCAGGGGAAACUCAACGAUCUCGAAAAGGGAAAAAACAACCAAGAGAUCGAUCUGACGUUCAAGCUGAAGUCCCUCCAGCAGAGUCUGGAGCAGGAAGAGGCAGAACACAAGUCCACUAAAGCAAAGCUCGCUGACAAAAACACAAUCUAUCAGUCCAUCGAGGAGGAAAAAUCUGCAGCCUUGAAAGAGAUGGAGAGCACCCUGCAGGAGGAGCGCAGCUUGAAGCUGCAGGUGGAGGCUAAGCUGCUGCAGCUGGAGAAGGAACACUCGAUGCUGGACUGUGACUACAAGCAAGAGCAGCACAAGCUGGACGAACUGCAGGCGCAGAAGGAGAAACUUCAUGAAGAGGUUAAAAGCCUUACGUUUCGUCUGGAUGACGAGAUCCACAAGCGAAGUUUGACCCAGAGCGAACUGAAGAUGCAGCAGAAGCAGGUGUCUGUGCUCAGCACCUCGGAGAAGCAGCUCAAGCAGGAGCUCAACCAGCUGCUGGACAUAAAGCAGAGCCUGGAGAAACACAACCAGGAGCUGCGCAGGGAAAAGCAGGAGGCUGAUGGCCAGCUGAAGGAACUGAAGGACCAGCUGGAGGCAGAGCAGUAUUUCACAACCCUUUAUAAAACUCAGGGCCGUGAGCUGAAAGCUGAGUGCGAUGAGAAGAACAAGCUGGUUAAAGAGCUGCGGCAGCGACUGGCAGAAUACAGUGAAGAAAGGGAUUCUAUGGCAGCUCAGCUGGAGAGCAGUUUGACCAAAGCGGAUUCGGAGCAGCUGGCUCGGUCAGUUAUCGAGGAGCAGUACUCCCUUCUGGAGAAGGAAAAGAUCAUGAAGGAACUGGAGAUCAAAGACAUGCUGGCGAGACACAAACAGGAGCUCGGAGAGAAGGACGCCACCAUCAGCUCGCUGGAAGAGUCUAACCGCACUCUGACGACGGACGUAGCCAACCUGGCCAGUGAGAAGGAAGAGCUGAACAACAAGCUGAAAGGACUGCAGCAAGAGCUUCAAAAAGCCAAGGAAGAAGAGAAGCAGUUGAAUUCUGUGCACAUGUCAUUUGAAAAGCAGCUGCAAUAUGAAAGAACGCUCAAAAUUCAGGCAGUGAACAAGCUUGCUGAGGUGAUGAACAGGAAAGAGUCGGUGCGAGGAGGCCAUCGAGGCAUCGACUCCGAGGUGCACAAGAAGGAGAAGGAGAACAGGAAGCUGCAGCUGGAGCUGAAAGCAGAGAGGCAGAAAUUUAACAGCACCAUCAUCAAAUUACAGAGGGACAUGAACGACAUGCAGGCG